CGAGAGCUCAAGCAAGCAAGAGUUGACAGCACUUAAGCGAUUGAAUGUACUUUGCAACCGCUGCCACUACUGGGUUAUGCAAAGCAUUCCUUGCCUGAGCAUCUGGAUAUUAUAGCACUUUCGAACAGAAUUGCGACCACCAUGGAAGUUAUGUUGGGCAGAGUCCUCACUCGUUCGGGGUUGAGACUCGGUGCGAGAGUAGCAAACCCCCGCGCAUUGGCGACCGCCGCCACCUCAUCACCGCUUUCCGCAGAUGCUGUCCCGUCGCAUGAAGCCGGCUCGUCAAAAGGAGCGCCAUCAGAGCGUGUCAAGGCCUUCCGCGAAGCUUUGGCCAAGGAUGCUGCAGACAUCGAUGGCUUCGCGCAUGCAUCUAGAUCAGUGCAGCUCGGCCGGGUCUCCGACACCCGGCUGCCCUCGUACCUUAAGACGUCAAUUCCGACAGGCGAGAGCUUCAAGCGAAUCAAGAAAGAUUUGCGGGGGCUAGGAUUGAGCACGGUUUGUGAGGAGGCGCGUUGUCCGAACAUUGGUGAAUGCUGGGGUGGCGAGGGUGGCAAAGAGGCAGCGACAGCAACAAUCAUGCUCAUGGGCGACACCUGCACUAGAGGCUGUCGAUUCUGUGCAGUGAAGACAUCGCGCACACCAGCACCACUUGAUGUGCACGAACCCGAGAACACCGCCGAGGCUAUUUCACGAUGGGGGCUGGGAUACAUUGUGCUCACGUCAGUAGACCGGGACGAUCUUGUUGAUGGAGGGUCCGCACAUAUUGCCGCCACCAUCUCCAAGAUCAAGCUGAAAGCACCAAAGAUUUUGGUCGAGGCGCUGGUGCCAGACUUUAGCGGAAAACACGUCGAUGUCGACCGUGUGGCAACGAGCGGUCUGGACGUUUUUGCUCACAAUGUAGAGACUGUCGAACGGACGACACCGAUGGUCAGGGACCGACGUGCAAACUACAGGCAAAGCUUAGAAGUCCUGCGGCGUGCAAAAGAAGCCAAACCAGGCCUUAUCACCAAGACCAGUAUCAUGCUUGGCUGUGGAGAGACCGACGCAGAGGUCGAGCAAACUCUCAAAGAUCUCCGCGCAGUAAACGUCGACGUGGUCACAUUUGGGCAGUACAUGCGGCCCACAAAGCGGCAUAUGAAGGUAUCUGAAUAUGUACCACCCGAAAAGUUCGCUCAGUGGCAACACCAAGCUGAGAGCCUGGGCUUUUUGUAUGUUGCGAGUGGACCGCUCGUUCGCAGCAGCUACAAAGCCGGUGAAUUCUUUAUCAAAAACGUCAUCGAACAACGAAGAGGAACAACCCUGCCGCUUCCAGAAGUGAGGGCAGACCUGACUCUUGAUGCAUGAUGCACCCACUCGUAUUGCAUACCUGGACAAGCCAACCUUGCACAGAUCGUUGCUCAUAGUACAACAUGAUGUUGGCAGUUUUUGCGCACCUUGACACGCUUCCACCUACUCGGAUCUUUUGGGCGUAGUGUCUCCGCCCUCUCUGAGCUGGCGGGGCUUUCCUCUCCCCCUCGUGGGCUGUGUUCCCCUUGAAGCGCUUCCUCUCUCUCGAGUCUGGCCCUGCCCCAGAUUCGCCACCUUCUCCUUGUCUCCGCUCCGAUGCGGUCGGCCUGUGCUAUUCACAUCGCCUACGCACCCGGAGCCUCGACC